GACAUGUGUGGGAGUAUCAGGACGGCUCGUGUUGUUGCCUUACCGUCGCCUUUCGAAAUGCAUUUACAGUAACGUCGUGUACAUUUAUGAAGCGAGGCUGCUAAUGUUACGUAGCUAGCAUUAGCUCGGUGAAUGUGACGCUGAAUAUGCAGCUGACUCACAGAUGUUUUCAGUGUCUGGCGGCGGUCAGAAGCCACCAGGUUAAACUCCGGCUGAAAACAGCCGCCACAAGAAGCUGCUGCACGGUUCAGGGUGAAGUGAGGGUCAGGUUUGCCCCCAGUCCGACAGGUUUCUUACAUCUUGGUGGCCUCCGAACUGCUCUCUACAAUUACAUCUUUGCCAAGAAGUAUGGAGGCUCAUUUGUCCUGCGACUGGAGGACACUGAUCAGAGCAGGCUGGUACCAGGAGCUGCAGAGUCCAUAGAGGACAUGCUGGAGUGGGCAGGUGUACCUCCAGAUGAGAGUCCUCGUCGUGGUGGGUCGUUGGGUCCAUAUCUGCAGUCUCAGAGACUGCACCUCUACAGUCAGACGGCCCAGCAGCUUGUUGAGAGUGGUCACGCCUACUACUGUUUCUGCAGCUCUCAGAGACUCGACCUGCUCAAAAAAGAGGCAUUACGGACCGGACAGACGCCCAGGUAUGAUAACCGGUGUCGUCACCUUCGGGCCGAGCAGGUCCAGGAAAAACUGGAUCAGGGAGUUCCACACGUGAUCAGGUUUCGCCUAGAGGCAGGUGUCGAGCCUUUUCAGGAUCUGAUCUUUGGACGGUAUCAUCAUGAUGUGGCCCAGGUGGAGGGAGAUCCUGUAGUAAUGAAAGCAGAUGGGUUCCCCACCUAUCACCUCGCCAACAUAGUCGAUGACCAUUACAUGAGGAUCAGCCACGUGCUGCGAGGGUCUGAGUGGCUCAUCUCCACCCCCAAACAUCUCCUCAUGUACGAUGCGCUCGGAUGGCAGCCGCCCACUUUUGGACAUCUGCCUCUUCUGAUGAACAAAGACGGCAGUAAACUGUCCAAGAGGCAGGGGGAUAUAUUCAUUCAAAGCUUCCAGAGAGACGGAGUCCUGCCGGAGGCUCUGCUGGACAUCACAACCAACUGUGGGUCUGGAUUCAACACCAAUCGAAUUGGGCGGAGGAUAGAUGAACUGAUCUCUGAGUUUAAUCCUUCAAAGAUCACAACACAUUCUGCUCUGUUAGACCUGGAAAAACUACCAGAGUUCAACAGAAUUCACCUGCAGCGCCGUGUUGAAGAUGUGGAUCAGUGCAAUUUGCUGAUAAGAGAUCUGCAGGGACAGAUUCAGCAGGCAGAGAUCCAGGAUAAAGAAGUACUACAUGAGGAUUACAUCAGACGGGUGCUUCACCAUCGUAAGGGCCACAUAACCUUCCUGAAGGAGAUUUUGAGCCCUGCAUAUUCGUACCUGUGGGUGCGUCCUUCCUUUUCCAGCCAGCAGGUGGCAGCAUUGACCACAGAGGCCCAGCACAUUGCUUCAUCAGUGCUGAAAUUAAUAGCUGAGCAAGAUGAAGAGCUGACUGUGGAACGACUCAGCAAAGAUUUAAAGACUUUGGCCAAGCAGAGUAAAGCGACCAAGUACAGAGAAGUGAUGAAGCUGUUACGUCUGGCUCUCAGUGGUCUGCAGCAAGGGCCCAGUGUAGCGGAGAUGAUGGUGUGUUUGGGGCGUGCAGAGAUCAGCCAUCGAUUCCAGAAACUUCUGCUGCUUUCAGAGACUGAUUAGAGACUGGACAGCCUGUCACCACACAGACUGGCAGAGCACGAUGAAGACAAGUUGCUGUUUGGGACACGGCCCGUAUAUUUACAGUUACAUAAAGGCACAGGCUGAGUGUGCCAAAACAAACUGGGACACAGUUUAAAUGAACUGCAGUUCACUGGUAUAACUUAACAGUACUUGAAUUACUAUAAAUAUUUUAUAAAAGAGAUGAAAACUA